AUGGGUCUCCUCAUGGACGUUGACUACAACGCCGAAGCAAUUGCCUGUGUGGAGUAUGCUCGUGUGAGAUUGAAUAUGGACAUCACGCAACCCCUGCGUUUCCAGAAGCACUUUCAAUUCACACAAGGUAUCAACACACUCCUGCGUUUCCGUUAUGAGCGAUUGUGGGGCUUUUGUGAGGUGUGUGGCAUCAUCACACAUGACUCCGGUGCUUGUUUGAUUCAAAAUGGUGGCCCUGAACCACAUUCUGAGGAUGAUGAAGAUGACGAUAAUGAUGAUGGAGAGGAUCAAGCCAAUUUGGAUCCAGCCAAUGGAGCUAUUAACGGUGGGAAUCAUCAGCGGAAUGGACGUAUGGAGAAUAAGGACGACCAAGAACCUCCGGCUGGAGUGCGUAUUGAAGAAGUGGUGGAGGAAGGUGAAUUGAUUGCUGAUGCAGCGGUGAGUGAUGAAGAACCCGACCCGACUCCGGAGAGGUAUCUCUAUGUCCCUGAUGAAAUAGCAGAGUGCGAAGUUAAGGAAGCAGAACUUAGGAACGCGGUGACUCCGACUCAAGAGAGCCUAAAGAGAAAGUUUGAAGAUAGUUCGUCUGCAGAGGAAGGUUAUCAGAGAUUGGAGAGAGGUCAGAGUAGUGGAGGUAACAAGAAGAAGGCUAUGGACGUUGGUCAGGUGUGUGGCGUGGUGGGCCCUCAACCACCACAGCCGCCAUGA